UUCCGUCUUUCCUGAGACCUCUGGCCUCCUAAGACCCCUCUUGAUCUGGGGGUACGAGGAUGACCCAGGGUGGGAGGUUCUGGACCCCUGAAAUUAGGAGGCUGGUCUCUCCUUCCUCCCCCAGACCCCAAACCUGAGAUUUCCUCAUCUGACGAGACACCUUCCGGUGGGUGGGGUAUGUGUGGACAGAUUGGCAGACUCAGGACCAUGGAGGCUGAGGAAAUCUACAUAAACCAGGAGGCCGGUAUGCAGGCAGCAGCCUUCAAAGACAAGCAACGGGGGACACCAUCCCAUAGAGAAGGUGUAGAUGACCCCAACUAUGAGAACAUCACUGUGACUUUAAGAAAACAGGAUCAUCCAAAGGGCAGUCACUCACCCCCCAAGAGUGAGGUCCCAGCCCGGUCCAGGCCAUCCUCGGACUCUGCCCGGUGGUUGCACAGAGCCUUCACAAGCCUGUACAUUCUUCUCGCCCUGAUUUCCAUCAUUCUGUUGGUCUGGGUUCUGGUGAAGAAUUCUGAGACGUCCCAGGAGCUGCUGGUCUUGAAAAGGGAGAUCUGGAAUGUCUCUAUCUCCGCACGUGAAUGCGAGGAGGGGCAAAGGCAGGGCUGGAGCGACAUCCAGCAGAGCAUCAUUAAUGCCAAACAGCGCAUCGACUCGGCCAACCGCAAUGUCCAGGCUGGGAACGAGAAGCUGAAGAAGCUGACAGAAGAUGUAAGCCGAAUCAAGAUUCAAUCACAGCAAAUCGCUGAGAUGCUGCAGAAAAUGCAAAAUCAACAGCCCACACAGCCCACACCUAAGUAAUCAAGAAGACCUGGGAGCCUGCGUGCAGCUCGGAGGACCGGGCGGUACCUCCCAGUAUACAUGACACAUGGGGGCCAGCCUUGUCUGAACCUGUUCAUCAUCCCCACAUAUCAAGUCAUAUGUCACGGUGAAUGAGUGUUGUGGAGUUGCGUGUGCGCAUGUGUGUGUGUGGUGUGUGGGGGGGUAAGCAUUUCAUGGAGGGCAGGUAUUGGAUGAAUGUUGAAUGUGGGAGUCACAGAGGGUGUGGUGUGCACCUGUCACUGUCCAUGUGAUACGUGUGUAUCAUAGCCUGUGGUGUCAUGCACAUCGCAGUGGGUAGCUGUGUCAGCAGGGACCACAAAAGUGUGUCACAGUGAGUGUGGGUGUUGGUGACACGUGCUACCCAUGCAUGUUUCACCGUUGGUGUGAAUAUGCAUGAAUGUCCUGCAGCAUGUUGUGUGUAUAAACGUGUCAUGGUGGAAGUGUGUGGGAGCACACCGUGGGAAUGCAUCGUUGUAAUUGCGGGUGUCACGGUGUGUGCCCUGUCACUCCCUGUGCCCCCGAGAACACUGUGUGUCCAUGUGAGUGUGCCUGCUUGUCACCGAGCUGGGAGCACAUACACACGUGUGCCUGUGUUUCUGAACUCACAUUUUGUGAUUCGUGGAAGUAAAGGCCAAGGGA